AAAGCUUGAUAGAGAAUGUAUGUUCUCUCCUUCUAAUCUAUCAAGAUUUGAGAUAGGACAAAAUGAUAAGGUGUUUACUUUUCAUUUCCCUCUUGUUACACACAACUUUUGCACAGAAAGCUCCCGAGACUUCUCCAAAAUGGCUGACUUUAAGCGGUGAGCAGCCAAUAGUUGUAGCCCGUGGCGGGUUUUCGGGGCUUUUCCCAGAAUCUAGCAGCUUCGCAAAUCAAAUCGCUGUCUCUACAGGCAUGUCAGAUGUGGUUGUUUUCUGCAACCUGCAACUCACAAAAGAUGGCAUUGGUGUUUGCCUACCAGACAUUAGGAUUGACAAUUCAACAACUAUAUCAUCAAUCUAUCCGAAAGGCCAAAAGUCCUACAAUGUAAAUGGACAAAAUCUCCGUGGGUGGUUCACAUUGGAUUUCACAUCUGAUGAGCUACUGAACAAUGUGACAUUGACUCAGAAUAUAUUCUCCCGGUCGAGUUUGUUCGACGGUCAACUGCCAAUUUCUACUGUUGAAGAUGUCACAGGAGUUAAGCCACCGCAGUUUUGGUUAAGUGCUCCGUAUGACUCAUUCUACAACCAGAACAAACUCAGCCCAGCAGCAUACAUUGAACAGUCAGCGAAACACAUGAUCAUAAACUACCUUUCCUCUCCUGAGAUAGGCUUCUUGAAGACCAUGGGCGGUAAAGUGAACAAAUUGAAGACUAAGCUCAUCUUUCAGUUCCUGGGACCAGAACAAGUUGAGCCCACAACCAAUCAAAAGUACAGCUCGAUUCUGCAGAAUCUCACCACGGUCAAGUCCUUCGCGUCCGGAAUUCUCGUCCCGAAAGAGUACAUUUGGCCUGUAAGCUCCAGCGGGUAUUUGGGGAAACCAACUAGUCUUGUGGCUGAUGCCCACAAGCAAGGGCUAGAAGUAUAUGCUUCUGGUUUUUCAAAUGAUGUUCCCACAAGUUACAACUAUAGUUAUGACCCAACAGCUGAAUACAUACAGUAUGUGGAUAACUCUCAGUUUUCUGUUGAUGGGGUGCUCACAGACUUUCCUCCUACAGCAUCAGAAGCCAUUGCCUGCUUUGCACACAACAAGAAUGGGGACAAGCCUAGAAAAGGAAGUGCUUUGAUCAUAAGUAACAAUGGAGCCAGUGGGAUUUACCCUGGCAGCACUGACCUUGCUUACCAGCAAGCAGUAGAUGAUGGGGCCGACAUAAUAGACUGCUCAGUGCAAUUGUCCAAAGAUGGAGUGCCAUUCUGCUUAGCAAGCGCCGACCUCGCAGGAGACACCACUGCCAUGAUGCCCUUCAUUGACAAAAAAGACACCAUCCCUGAAAUUCAACCAGAAAUUGGAGUGUUUUCAUUUGCACUAACAUGGAGCGAGAUUCAAACCUUGAAGCCACAACUGGUCAGUCCUUUUGCAAAUAGUAGCAUUCUAAGGAACCCAGCAAACAAGAACUUGGGUAAAUUCGUGACGCUCACCGAGUUUCUGGACUUUGCCAAGGCAAAAGCAGUUUCUGGAAUUCUGAUCAACAUUGAGAAUGCUGCCUACCUGGCAUCAAAGCAAGGUCUUGACAUAGUAGGAGCAGUAGCAACUGCCUUGACCAACGCCACUUUCGACAAGCAAUCGACUCAACAAGUUCUGAUCCAAUCAGAUGACACUUCAGUUCUAUCCAAGUUCAAGGAUGUCCCAACUUACAAAAGAGUGUUGCGGAUCAAGGAGAAGAUCGGGGACGCUCCUAAGCCCUCGGUGGAUGAGAUCAAGAAGUACGCAGAUGCAGUCACUGUACCGAGAAGCGCCAUUAUAAAAGUCAGCGAUUUCUUCACCGUGGCGUUGACCAAUGUGGUCAAGGAAAUGCACGCUGCAAACCUUUCUGUGUAUGUGAAUGAGCUGAGAAAUGAGUACGUGACUCUGGCUUUUGAUUACUUCAGCGACCCAAUUGUGGAGAUUGCUACUUAUGUUCAAGUGGUUGAGGUUGAUGGCUUCAUGACUGAUUAUCCCGGAACUGCCAGUAAAUAUAUGAGAUGCCCAUGCACAGAUACAGAUCCAAAAGCCAAUGUCCCAUAUCCAAUAUUGCCAGCAGAACCUGGUUCUCUACUUAGCUUGAUCCCACCAGAAAUACAGCCACCAGCUGCAGCACCUGCUGCGCCUCUUCUAGUUAAAGACAUUGUGGACCCGCCACUUCCUCCGGUGGCCAAAAUCAAACAGGGCGCAGAUGCACCCGCCACAACAACCCCAUCAAGCGCUUUGGCAAAUGCUGCAAACGAAGUCCUUUCCCUUGUGGCUAUAAUGGUGCUUGGUUUGCUCUCUUUGGGAUGUUAAGAUUCAAUUGCUUGGAGAUG